GGAAGUAGCGUUAGUAAACAGCUGGCUGUGCCGAGGUGUUUUGACGCGCAGCCGUCGCGCUUUUACUUCACCUUUGGCUUCCCGGCCUUCGCUGAAAACCUGUGAGAAUAUCGGGAAGAGGCACUAAAACCAUGACGCCGCCGUUUGGAAACAGAUCCGAUUUCACAUAACGAUGUUCGGGAAGUCGUCCAGCCACGAGUAUCAGCCCCUUCAACAAAGUGGCUCAGUCGGGCAGUUUGUGGGUACAGAGAGUUUUGCACAUCCCCAGUACCACAAAGGGCACUCGUUUGACUACAUUCCUAAAGUCUGUGAGAACGACUUCACCGAUUCCUCUCAAGGAUGGCCGUCUUGGAUCUGCAACAUAAUUGUCAUCUUCCUGGUCUACAUCUGCACCUUCAUAACCUUUCCCAUAUCAGGAUGGUUUGUGCUCAAAGUGGUUCCUAACUACCAGAGGAUAGUUGUGUUUCGUCUGGGCCGAGUAUGUCCACCCAAGGGCCCGGGGGUGGUCCUCGUGCUGCCACUGAUAGACCAGUGGCAGAGAGUAGACCUACGCACCCGCGCUUUCAACAUCCCUCCCUGUCAGGUGACUACACGGGAUGGUGGUGUGUUGUCAGUGGGAGCAGACAUCCAGUUCAGGAUCUGGAACCCAGCCAUGUCAGUACUGUCAGUCCAGGACCUCAAUGCAUCAACCAGGCUAACAGCACAGAACACCAUGACCCACAGCCUGGCCAAGAAGACUGUCAAGGAAAUCCAAACUGAACGGGUUAAACUGGGAGAGUAUCUGGGGAUGGAUAUCAAUGAAUUGACCCGGCCAUGGGGACUGGAGGUGGACAGGGUAGAGCUUGCAGUGGGCUCUCUCCUCAAAGCCCCGGACAGCUCCACAGGACCUGUAAUUGUGCCUCCUAUUAUGCCGGGAUUGGAAGGCCUCACUGGUCCCAUUCAGCAACUUGCUAUGCACUUUUUGAGUCACAGUGGGCCUUCACAGCAUCAGACAGAAGACAGUGUAACCUUCACAGAUGAACUCGGCGGUGCACCUCAGGCUGUCGUGGCUUCGCCCGGCUCGGUUGAAGAGCUACUCGGGGUGGUCAGGCUGCUGCUGUCUGAAAGCCUGGUCAGCCAGGUUAGGGCUUGCUUCCAAUUCCACAUCAGCUCGGGGGAUGGACAGCUUGAGAGCUACUUUGUGGACCUGAGCCAAGGCAGUGGUGCAGCAGGUGCAGGAUCCCCUUGCAGACAACCAGAUGUUACACUGAGCAUGAGUGACAGCGACCUGCUGGCCAUGUUUGAGGGCAGCCUACGACCAUUUGCUGCCUACACCGGUGGGAGACUGAAAGUACAGGGAGAUCUGAAAACUGCCAUGAAGUUGGAAGAACUCAUAAAACUAAUCAGGAAAUACUCCUCCAGCCAUGGCCUUGUCCUCAUCCAUAAAUCAAGGUUGGUCAGAGGCAUGUUCAGGGCCGUGAGGGGGGCUGACUGUUCGAGCAGCCCCCCCCCCCAACCGGGCCAGACGUCCCUGAGAGAGCAGCUGCCGCGGGGAAACCAGAGGGAGCGAGCAUUAGUUGGUAGGAUGGCCAGGUGGGGUUUGUGGUGCAGCCCUGGGAUGCUGUGCUUGUCGUGGACGGAGGGCCUGGUGGUGCACGGUGUGCGCCAUAGCAGCAGUUUACCGGUGGUCAGACAGGUGGGCCCAGAGAGCCGCGCUGCCGUGAGACCUUUCGACGAGAUUCCAGGCCGGUGGAAGAACGGGGUGGCCAACCUUUACAAUUUCUGGAAGCUGGACGGCUUCAGAAACCUUCACCGCAUCAUGGUGCACAACUUCAACACGUUUGGGCCCAUUUACAGGGAGAAAAUAGGUUAUUAUGAGAGUGUCAAUAUCAUCAAUCCAGAGGACGCAGCCCUCCUGUUCAAAGCAGAGGGUUAUCAUCCCAAAAGGCUACGAGUAGAACCAUGGACAUCAUACAGGGACUACAGGAACCGAAAAUAUGGAGUUUUACUCAAGGAUGGAGAAGACUGGAGGAACAACAGGGUGAUUCUCAACAAGGAGGUGAUCUCCCCGAAGGUGCAGGGCAACUUUGUGCCUCUGCUGGACGAAGUUGGACAGGAUUUUGUGGCCAGAGUUUAUCAAAAAAUCGAAAGAAGUGGCCAAAACAAGUGGACCGCUGACUUCUCGCAUGAACUCUUUAAAUAUGCACUGGAAUCGGUGAGCUCAGUGCUGUACGGCGAGCGUCUGGGAUUGAUGCUGGACUCCAUUGACCCCGAGGCUCAGCAUUUCAUUGACUGCAUCACCCUCAUGUUCAAGACCACCUCACCCAUGCUGUACAUCCCCCCGGGCCUGCUGAGGCGGAUCGGGGCUAAAGUGUGGCGAGACCAUGUGGAGGCUUGGGAUGGCAUAUUUAAUCAAGCGGACCGCUGCAUCCAGAACAUAUACAAGAAGCUACAUCAGGAGGGAGGCUCCCCGACAAAAUACCCCGGGGUCCUGGCGAGCCUGCUCAUGCUAAACAAGCUGUCCAUCGAAGACAUAAAGGCCAGCGUCACCGAGCUGAUGGCAGGAGGUGUCGACACGACCUCUAUAACUUUGCUGUGGACGUUGUACGAGCUGGCCAGACACCCAAGCCUCCAGGAGGAGCUAAGGGCGGAGGUGGUUGCUGCCAGGGCCGAAGCCCAGGGAGACAUGCUGGAGGUGCUGAAGCGGGUGCCGCUGGUCAAAGGAGCCCUGAAGGAAACGCUAAGACUACAUCCUGUUGCAGUGAGUUUGCAGAGGUACACAACUGAAGACAUAAUCAUUCAGAACUACCACAUACCAUCUGGGACUCUGGUCCAACUAGGGCUUUAUGCAAUGGGCAGAGACCCCCGGCUGUUCGCGCGACCGGAGCAGUACCAGCCCUCUCGCUGGCUGAGGACCGAGAGCCACUACUUCAAGAGCCUGGGCUUCGGCUUCGGCCCACGCCAGUGUCUUGGACGCAGAAUAGCCGAGACGGAGAUGCAACUCUUUCUCAUCCACAUGCUGGGGAACUUCCGGGUGGAGAAGCAGCGCCAGGCUGAAGUGCAGAGUGUCUUCGAGCUCAUUCUGUUACCUGAAAAGCCCAUCAUAUUAACCUUAAAGCCUCUUAAAGGCAAUCAGUGACAGAAGAGUUUAGAGGGACAUGGUGGGUCUAGAGCAAAUUACCUCAUUAAUUGCAGGGCAUUGCAUUUCUAUAUUUAUCAUUUUUCAAAUUAUGAAAUCGAACACUGUUUUUUCAUAGUGUAUUGGAGAUUAGAGCAUAUGUAACAGCGAGACCACAUACUGAAACAGAAAGAAUUUCUUAAAAUACAGAAUGUAUUACCCGUCAAUGUAAA